AUGAACUCCUCGUUUAUCGAGCUUGCUGCGGCAACCACCACUGCCUCGGGCAGCAGUGUUUUCGCAAUCGAUGCUCCUGAGGCCGCCUUAAAAGGGCAUCCAAGUAUUCAGGCACUAACCAGCAAUGAUGCUUUGCACUUCGCCGUCGCGCCAGCCGACGCGUCGUUCACGACGAUUUUGAAUCUUGGCUCCGCCGACUUCACGCGCAACCUUGCGCUUAUCAGCGACCGCAUUGCGCGCGGCGACCGCCUCUUGCUCAAUGUGCGCAUCGACGGCGCUGACUUCCGCGCAGUUACCGCCGCCAAGGAUCUCGGCGCAUACGAGUUUGUUUCCACCGACAGCGCCAAGGAGUCGUAUGAUUUCUUCUUGUUGUCUGUUUUGUUGCUCACAAAGGACAAAGAUGCCAAAUCCGUGAUCCAUUUCUACAAGCCGCAAGAAGAUGCGCCCGAACAACUUCCUUACACCAGCCAGGACAUUGGCGCCUGGCUCGAGGGCGCCGAAGCCGCCAGCGCAGGUGCAGGCCUGCGCGACGCGCUUGCGCAGCUCAAGAAGCUUGCGGGAACCCAGUAUGAGUUUAUCAAGACUUAUCCGAGCCACGGCUGGCUGCGCAUGCGCAGCUUCCAGCAGGCUCUUCUUCUCUUGGGAGAUGGCACCGUGUUUGAGCCACAGCUCAGCGCAUCUUCCACGGUUUUAGCACAGAUUAAAGUGUACCGGCCUUUCCCGCUCGAAGAGGUGCGCAAGGCGCUCGCGCAGACCAGCGUCUCGGCGCUCCAGGUUGCGCAGCAGACUGCGCUCCAGCUCCAGUUUUCGCCCCUUCUUCUUGACGUUCUUGACUUGCUUCCGGAAGUCUCCAAGGCCGGCACGCAUGUCGUGUGCUCGCAGAUUGUGGGCGCCAGCGCAAACAAUGCAGGCACGAUCUUAGCGCACAUGGCGCAGAAUGCUGCAUUGGAUGCCCCAGUGCAGAAUUUGACGUUCGGCCGCAGCGCAUCUGCGCCAGCGUCACGCACUGCAGCGGCAGAGCCUCCAGAUAAUGUAUAUUUGAGCAUUCUUUUGCAUGAGGCCGCCAAGGCCACCAAGGCCUCAAUUUUGAACGAGUACGGCAGCGGCAAGUCGCCGGAGUAUGCGCUCGGCGAGUUUUUGCGGGCGGAGGCGCAGCGCCAGGCACUAGCAGAUCUCAUCGAGAGCAAGCUUGCCAGAUUCCAGGGCGAGUUGAACGAGCGGCUUGCGCAAUGGGUUGUCUGGGCGCGUAGCGCAGGCGCCGGCACAGGCAGUAAGACUGCUAGGCCUGCAGUUGAUGCGGGUGCGCUUGUGGCCGCAUUGGAGAACGCCGCCGGCAACACCGGUAGCAGCGCAGCGCAGGCAGCCGCCGAGUUGUUAACGCGGCGCAGCGUUCUUAGCGCCGGUGCCAGCGCCACCUGGAUCGUCGGCUCCGACAGCUGGAGCCAUGAUGACGGAUUGGCCGCAUUUCACGGUGCGCUCAAAACUGGCAACAAGAAUCUCAAGUUGUUGAUCAUUGACAGCGAUGAUUCGGUGUCGCGCAGGCAGGGAAAGAAGGAUUUGGGGUUGUUUGCGCUAAAUUACGGCAAUUCUUACGUUGCAUCCGUGGCUGUGUACUCGUCGUACACGCAGACGCUUGCUGCGCUGGAGGAGGCCAGCGCAUUCAGCGCAGGCCCUGCGGUUGUGGUGGCGUACAUGCCGCGCGCAGGCGCCGGCGCAGUGGAGUCGUUGCGCGCGACCCGGCGUGCAGUCGACACGGGCUACUGGCCGCUGUACAGGUUCAAUCCGACGGCCAAAGAGGAUGCGGGCCGGUUCAAACUGGACUCUAGUUUCAUCAGACGAGAGCUUCAGGAGUUCCUCAAGCAGCAGAACCGGUUGACGGCGCUUGCGGCAAAGAGCGCCAAGCUCGAGUACAACCUGCGCAGUUACAAUACGGCGGUGGGUAAGUGCGCUGCCGAUAAGCGCAGGCUUGCGUACGCGGCGCUCGUCGAAGGUAUGGCAGGAGAGCCACUAACGGUUGGAUAUGCGUCAGACAACGGCAAUGCGGCCGGGUUGGCGAAGAAGUUCGCGUUCCGCGCAGGGCGCAAGGGCUUCAAAGUGCGGCUGGUGGAGUUGGACGGGAUCGAUGUUGCGUCGGAACUUCCAGAUUUGGAAACGUUCGUCGCGAUCACGUCGACUUCAGGUCAGGGUGAAUUCCCAAACGGCGGCAAGCAGUUCUGGGAGGCGCUCCGGGGCAGCGCAGUGGACCUUUCGCGGUUGCGCACGGCAGUGUUUGCGCUUGGAGAUUCGAAGUACUGGCCGCGGCCAGAGGAUUCUGGGUACUUUGCACGGCCCGGGCGCCAGCUGGAUGCGCGGUUGAAGGCGCUCGGCGCGCAUGCGCUAUGUGGGUGCGGCAUUGGAGACGACCAGGACGAGGACGGGUUCAGCGCAGGGUACGCGAAGUGGGAACCCGAAGUUUGGCGUGCGCUGGGCGUCAGCGUCGAGAAUUCCGGCGAUGAGCCGGCACCAUUGACCAACGAGCAGAUGAAGUUAAACUCGAACUACCUCCGCGGCACUAUCCAGGAAGGUUUUGAGGACGAGACGACGGGCGCAAUCAGCGCAUCAGACCAGCAGCUCACGAAGUUCCACGGAGUCUACAUGCAGGACGACCGGGACUUGCGCGAUGCGCGGCGCGCCGAGGGGCUGGAACCGGCAUAUGCGUUCAUGGUGCGGGUGCGCUUGCCCGGCAACGUGUCGACUCCACAGCAAUGGCUCCAGAUAGACAAGCUUUCCGAUACAAAGGGCAACCACACGUUCAAGAUCACGACCAGGGGAACGUACCAGUUGCACGGGAUCGUCAAGAAGGACAUCGUGGCGGCAGUGCGCGACAUCAAUGCGGUUGCCAUGGAUACGUUGGGCGCAUGCGGAGACGUGAACAGGAACACGAUCUGCAGCGCAGCGCCGACGAUGCGGCGGGUCCACGAGCAGAUGGCGCACAUGGCGCGGAUCAUCUCUGCGCGGCUCAUGCCCCACACGCUCGCGUACCACGAGCUCUUCCUCACGGAGCUCGGCCCCGUUGCACGGGGCGAAGAGGGUGGCCCGCGGCGGCCGGCUAAGUACCAGGUGGGCGGGCAUGCGGUUGCCCCGCAAGGGGGUGCGGCCGAGGAUGCGGAGCGCAUGCGCCAGCAGCGCCAGGAGAGAGGCGCUCCCGGAUCGCCCUACGGCAACGACCCUGUCGAGCCCAUGUACGGCCCAGCCUACUUGCCACGGAAGAUCAAGGUCGCCAUCACCGUCCCACCGUUCAACGACGUCGACGUGUACGCGAACGACAUCGGUUUGGUGUCGAUUGUGGAAGAUGACAAGAUUGUGGGCUUCAACUUGCUAGUCGGAGGCGGUAUGGGUGUCACGCACAACAACACCAAGACGUACCCUCGUGCAGGCACACUCCUGGGCUUCAUCGAGUACGACCAGGCGCCGGAGGUGUGCGAAAACAUCGUGAUCAUCCAAAGGGACAACGGUGACAGAAACAACAGAAAGCACGCGAGAUUGAAGUACACGAUCGACACGAUGGGCGUGGAGGAGUUCCAGCGGCAGUUGGAGCAGGCCGUCGGGUUCAAACUGCAGCCGGCCCGGCCGUUCGAGCUCAAGUCGAACCGCGACCACUUCGGCUGGUGUAAGGAUGAGGCCGGGUUCAACCACUUCACGUGUUACAUCGAGAACGGCCGCGUCGCCGAUACCCGCGAGCAGCCGCACAAGACGGGCAUGCGGCUCGUCGCGCAGUACAUGAUCGACCACGGGGUGGGCGUGUUCCGGCUCACGGGCAACCAGCACGUGAUCGUGGCGGACAUCACCGACGCGCACAAGGCGUCGAUCGACGCGAUCCUCCGCGCCCACGCACUUUCCGGCCAGGGCACACUCUCGGGGCUCCGGAUGGCCUCCCAGUCCUGCGUGGCCUUCCCGACGUGCGGCUUGGCCAUGGCCGAGGCCGAGAGGUACUUGCCGCAGUUCCUCACGAAGCUUGAGGACGAACUUGACAAGCUGGGCUUGCGGUCAGACUCGAUCGUUUUGCGAAUGACAGGGUGUCCGAACGGCUGUGCAAGGCCCUGGCUCGCCGAGGUGGCUCUAGUGGGCAAGUCCUACGGGUUCUACAACCUGCUUUUGGGUGGUAGCUACGUGGGCGACCGUGUCAACAAGUUGUACCGCACGAAUGUCGACGGGAAGCAGGCACUUGCCAUUUUGGUGCCGCUCUUCCGCCGCUGGGCUGCCGAGCGGAAGCCGGGCGAGCAUUUCGGCGACUUCGUUGUGCGCGUGGGGGUUAUCAAGGCCACACUUGAGGGUAGGCACUUCUGGGAUGACUUGAAUGCCGAUGUACUUGGAUGA